GGUGAAACUCACCCAGCUUUAGUUACCAACCCAACUGCAUAGACUUUAGACAACCAUGUAAAGGGUUUCCACUGUCUGCAAGAAAGAUCAAACAUCUAUCACCAUGGUGGAUGUGAAGUGUCUGAGUGACUAUGAAUUGCAGAAUGAGCUUAAUAAGCUUGGAUUUUCACCUGGCCCGAUAUUACCUUCCACCAGAAAAGUGUAUGAAAAAAAGUUAAUACAACUCUUGGUCUCACCUCCCUGUGCAUCACCUAUGAUGAAUGGACCCAGAGAGCUGGCCAGAGAUCAGGAUGAUGACGGUAAAGAGCAUAAGGCCACUAUCAUUUUGAAAGGAAAUAUCAUUAUCUCAUCAGAAAAAAACAAGGGACCCAAAAAAAGACUCGCUUUCGCCACUAAAUCAAAAGCUAUAGAUAUCUACUGCCUGGCCUAUAAGCAUCCUGAGGGAAUAAGGCUUACUAGAAGAGCAUCAAGCACCACAUUCAAAGAAUGGAGAAGCACCAGAGGGACAGACUACUGCAUAGUGGACGACAGUGUUGAGUCCGGGAACCUAGAAAGCUUUCCAGUGACCUUGAAGCUUGCUAUGUUUGGCAUCUUCAUCAUUGUGAUAUUUGUCUACAUAACAGUGGAAAGGAAGCCAUUCUUUGGUUAAGUGCUUUAGGAACAGAGCAAUGAGGGAGCACCUGAGAACUGGAAAGACUUCUCUGAAGAGGGGUGCUGGGCCCCAUGGCCUGCUGGCCUUGCUCUAUGCCACCCUCACAGAUCUGUACCCAGGCUCAUAAUUUCAAAGCCGAAGGGACCUUACGUACUCUCUAGUUCACCACUUAUGUUGCAAGACAAAGAAACAGACCAGGGAGGUUGAGGGAAAUGCUAAAAGUCACAAUGAAUGGAGACCAGAAUCCAAGGCGGGAAGAAGGAAUGAGGGAGAGAACCAGGCACUUGUGUGAAAAAGUUUGAUGACAGGGACUUCCCCAAGUCAUGCUGGCCAUCAUUAAAGGUGCUUCCACACUUGGCAUACUUCUAAAAAA